GGAAGGUUUGCCUGGGAUGUCAUCUCGCUGGCUAUAGAUAGCAAAGUCAAAGCUCCUUAGAGAGAAACCUCUUACCAGUCACUUUCCACGAAUGGUACAUACACCUAAAGGUACUUAGUGAAAAUCCUUGAGAGGUAUUUAAUGCUAAAUCAGUUUGUCUUCCCAGCAUCUCUGAAACCCACACGCACACAGGCAGAGAGAGGUACCAGGGCAGCAGCAGCAGUAGUACAGCACCAGAACCAGUCAGUCACAGACCCAGCCAGGCUUUGCCACCCCAAAAACUUGCCAAGAUGUGUGACAUGGCGGGGCUGGAUAACCUGAUCGCCAAUACAGCAUACCUGCAGGCCCGGAAGAGCACCGAUGGAGAUGCCAAGGAGAUUCAGCGGAGACGUAGGAGCCUCUCACUACCAAAGCUACCUGCUGAUUAUGAGAGCACCUGUGAAGUGCAGCCCAUUGGCAAGAAAAUGUUCAGGGAGUUCUUAGAGACCGUGCCUGAAUAUGUCAUAGUCAAGAACUUUCUGGAUGAAGUGUCCAGAUGGGAAGUGGCAGAAGACAACACCAAGAAUAGUAUUGUAGAGAGCCUAUUCACUAACUUUCUCAAGUCUGGCUCCAGCAGCUACCUGGCCUUCAUAAGCUCAAACCUGGCCAGCAAGUGCCAGGAAGCCACUGAAAAGGAUUAUGAGAAUGUUGUGGAGCUGGCCAAGCGGGAGAGCAAGACCUUCCUCCAGGACAAGCCCUUUCAGGAAUUCCAGAAGAGUCGCUUCUAUGACAAGUUCCUUCAGUGGAAAGUUUUUGAGAAGCAGCCAGUAAAUGAAAAGUAUUUCUAUGAGUACCGGGUGCUGGGCAAAGGCGGCUUUGGAGAGGUGUGUGCCAUCCAAGUAAAAAACACUGGCAAGAUGUAUGCUUGUAAGAAACUAGAUAAGAAGAGGUUAAAGAAGAAAAAUGGGGAGAAGAUGGCUCUGCUAGAGAAGGAGAUCUUGGAGAAGGUCAACAGUCGUUUCAUAGUCUCCCUUGCCUAUGCCUUUGAGAGCAAAAGCCACCUAUGUUUAGUCAUAAGUCUCAUGAAUGGAGGGGAUCUUAAAUACCACAUCUACAACAUUGGUGAGAGGGGCUUGGAAAUGAGCAGAGUCAUCUUUUAUUCAGCUCAGAUCACCUGUGGGAUUCUGCAUCUCCACUCCAUUAACAUCGUGUACAGGGACAUGAAGCCAGAAAAUGUCCUUCUGGAUGAUGAUGGCCACUGCAGAUUGUCUGACUUGGGCUUGGCAGUGGAAGUGAAAGAGGGGAAACCCAUCAACCAGAGGGCUGGAACUAAUGGUUAUAUGGCUCCUGAAAUUCUGAUGGAAGAAAAUUACUCCUUCUCUGUGGACUGGUUUGCUAUGGGAUGUAGUAUAUACGAGAUGAUUGCAGGUCGAACUCCAUUCAAGGAUUUCAAAGAAAAGAUCACUAAGGAUGAAGUGAAAAGAAGAACCUUAGAAGAUGAGGUAACAUUUGAGCAUCCAAACUUCACAAAAGAAGCAAAAGAUAUUUGCACACUGUUCUUGGCUAAGAAAACAGAGAAUCGUUUAGGAAGCAGAAACUCAGAUGAUGAUCCAAGAAAACACAGUUUCUUCAAAACAAUACAUUUCCACAGGUUGAAUGCAGGCCUGAUAGACCCCCCUUUUGUGCCAGAUCCAUCAGUUGUCUAUGCCAGAGAUCUUGCAGACAUUGCUGACUUCUCUGAAGUGCGAGGAAUCGAAUUUGAUGAGAAAGAUAAGAAGUUCUUCAAAAAGUUUGCAACAGGUGCUGUCCCUCGAGCCUGGCAGGAAGAAAUUAUUGAAACAGGACUGUUUGAAGAAUUGAAUGAUCCUAACAGGCUAGAUACUGGAGGAUGUGCAAACGGAGGUGAAGUUAAAUCAGGAGUUUGUGUGCUGUUUUAAAUAUCACAUCAUUAACAAAAGGUGUUAAGAUGCACCAUGGAAUUUUCCAGAUUCUUGCAGUGUUUCAAAAACUCAGCUAAGCUGUUAGACAAAUCCCAGCUGAUUUAACAUGGGACAUCAACAGGACAAGUUAGGACCCUAAAUUGAAUAGACAAUAUUAAUUAAUCUUGUUCUAACAAAAGAGAUAAUGUCUUUAUUCCACUGGAGACUAUCAAGAUGAAAACUCAUGUUUAUUUUAAGAAAUUUAGGAAUAUAACA